AUGAUUCGCUUUAUUUUGACCAAUGGUAAACUCCCAUUGGCCCAUCCUUGGCGCGCCAUCAACGCCCUUCAUUCUCCUUCAUUCAGCGGCGGCGACAUGCGAUUGAACUUCGGCCAGUACAUCUUCCUCUUUGGCGUGAGCAUCGGGUCCUUGUUCGCUGGAUCCAUCGCGAUGCAUGCAGUCCUCAAGCCUGAUCUGACCAUUCCGGACCUUGCCGCGGACGACCUGGACGACAACGACCGCAAGAAGUAG